AUGGAGCUCAGUCCCACGAGCUCAGCCCCAGCAGGGUUCCCCCAGGACCCCUCUUUGAGAGCCACUGCAUCCAGAGGGGUUCAUCCCCCCAAGAGGGGUUCAUUCCCCAAAGGGAUUCAUCCCCAUCUGCAUCCAGAGGGGUUCAUCCCUCCAAGAGGGGUUCAUCCCCCUUGCAUCCAGAGGGGUUCAUCCCCCCAAGAGGGGUUCAUUCCCCAAAGGGGUUCAUUCCCCACUGCAUCCAGAGGGGUUCACCCCACAGAGGGGUUCAUCCCCCCUGCAUCCAGAGGGGUUCAUCCCCCAAAGGGGUUCACCCCCAUCUGCAUCCAGAGGGGUUCAUCCCCCAAAGGGGUUCAUCCCCACUGCAUCCAGAGGGCUCAUUCCCCCUGCAUUCAGAGGGGUUCAACCCCCCAGAGGGGUUCAUCCAUCCAGAGGAGUUCAUCCCCACUGCAUCCAGAGGGGUUCACCCCACAGAGGGGUUCACCCCACACUGAUUCAGAGGGUUCAUCCCUCUCUGCAUCCAGAGGGAUUCAUACCCCAAAGGGGUUCAUCCCCUACUUAUCCAGAGGGGUUAAUCCCCACUGCAUCCAGAGGGGUUCAUCCCCCACUAAUCCAGAGGGGUUCAUACACCAAAGGGGUUCAUCCCCACUGCAUCCAGAGGGGUUCAUCCCAUCAGAGGGGUUCAUCCCCCUUGCAUCUGGAGGGGUUUCCCCACCUUCCCCCAGCUGCAGUCAUUCAGGCUCGUCUCUGGUGGCCAGAGCUCAGGAGCUGUUUCAGGGAUUAAGAGAAAGAUGUUCAGUCCAGGUCAGAGCUGGUUGGCCAGGAAAGCACCCAGGAAGGCUUUUUGUUCGAGUGAGGCGGAUUUUGGGGUCUGAUAGGUGCGGCUUCCCCCUUGGCAGGAGCCCAUCCAGCCUUUGGCAGAGAUCUCUUGGCUAUUUGCCUGGAUUGGGAAACGCCUGCAGCCCCCCCGACCUCAAGUGCAGCAGAGGGGUGGGGCUGGAGAAGGUGCCAGGACAAGCCCCCCACUCCAGUGGGUUUUGGGGUGGUUGUUAUGUAUCUAUGCUUGCAAAGCUUCUGUAUUACUGCCUGUACUUCCUUCCAGAGUCAAAAUACAGCUGAACCCUUCCCA